UUUAACCCGAAGAAAUUCUCAAAAUAAUAAGCAAACAAAAGACAAAGUUGCUGGAAAUACACCAAGAAUAUAUUCAUAGAAAUCAUAUUCAAUGUCUUCCAAAACUUCAACACUCACACGCUCCCUGCCGCCAAAGACAAUCAAGUCAUCCGAACGAGAAAGACGCCAGAACGAUGAACUCGCAGAAACCAAAAAGGCACUUCAAUUAUCAGAGGCAAAAAACAGUGCAUGUAAUGUUCGACUAGCCAAGUGGAAAAAAAUUGCCCUUGAUGCUGAACGUAGUAGUUCAUUAAAAAUGACUGAUUAUGAAAACAAACUAAAGAAGGAUUAUGAGGCACAACUAGAGGAAAUCGAAGCCCAAUUCAGCGCACGAUCUAAAGAAGCUGCGGAAACGAUUGAACGCCUUGAAGACACAAACAAGAAGCUCAAAAAGGAGAUUGCAUUACUGAAGAUGAAAGAUAAUAAAAAGAUACUUCCUCCUACUCCUCCGGCUUCUGCUACCAGUGCUGCUAGUGUUGCUGCUGAGCCUUCUCGGGUUAUCUUUCGUCGGGCAACAGUACAAACCGAUCAAUCACUUCAAACAGUUCCUCCUCCUGUGCAUGUGAGCCGGGCAAAAUCCAAUGCAUUGGUAUUCAGUAUAAAUGAUACGGUUCGAGCUAUCGAAGACGAGUUGCGAUCACACCGUCGUAGACCGACUGAUGAAACAAACUCUAAAUUGUGCGACAAGGACGAAACGCUUGUACCAACCAGGUCGCAAUCGCCAAUCAGCAACACUGUCCUACCCGAGCCUAUCAACCACAACCACAACCACAACCACAACAACUACUCCAGCUCCAGCUCCAGCUCCAGCUCCAACUCCCAUGUACCGAGCCAGCGCCAUCUGCGCAACCUUGGCCACGAGGCAGUUGUCCCACGUUCCAACAUCGAUCUCGGCCGCAACAGCUACUCUUCUUCCAACACCACCAACACAUCCGUCUACUCUACCACUUCUACCAUCAACUCUACCGCCAGCCCUCCUAAUCGCAGCAGUCAUGGCAGCUAUGCUAGCUAUGGCGCCAAUAGCACUAAUGGCAGCACAUCCACCAGAUCAUCCGUCUCUUCAGCUUCAGCUUCAUAUUCAUACUCUAGACCUCCCCGUUCUCGUACCCUAGAGCAUCUCAGCCGGACUCUGCCUGAGGUAUUCAGAAAGCGCGGCAGCCAACCCAUCACAUCAUCGUCUCUUCGUCCUACCAGCACCACUGCCUCGACUCCCUCCCAAUCUCCAUCCACACGCCAUUCGUACAACAACGAACUCUACACUUCUCCCGGCACCCCUCAAUUCGGCCACUCUCCCUCCACAAGCAGCAGCUUCAGCAGCAGUUACGCUUCCUCGGAAACCUCGGCAGACUUUGGCCAGCAGAAAUAUCACAUCAACGUCCACCCCCAUUGCGACCCACGUUGGCUCUAUGGUGAUACUCUCACAGACGAUCCUGUGUCCAUUUCACCCGACGACAACUAUGACUAUUAUUACAAGAAUGGAUACCAAGAAGAAAAUGAUGAUGAUGACCUCAAAUCUUCCCAACCAUUGUCCCACCAACUACGGGAUUCCAUUCUCGAUACACUCCUUUCACAAGGCAAUUACAAAUAAUCCAUUUCUAUUAACAAAUACCAACACCCCCC